AUGCCGUUAACAAUGGCUUUUAGCAGAUCUUGUCUGCAAUGGACUGUGAUCGUGUUCAACACGCUGAGUUUGAUAAUUGGCAUACUCUCAGUGGUCGCCUGCAUAUAUGAAUUGGAGAAAUUCACAGAGGGCUCAGCUGAGCAUAGAGAGAAACUUGUACAGUUGGCUUCCGUCAGUUUAUUGGUGCUCUCCUCAUUUGUGGGCUGUUUGGGCGCUAUUAAUGGAUCCGUUAGGAUACUCUGUUGUUAUGUCACAAUGCUAAUCGCCAUAAUAGCUUCACAUAUAUGGAAGUUAUACCGUUACAAUGAGAACAAACAAAUGGCUGCAACAGAGAAAAUGCUGACUGCAGCCUGGAUGUCGGAGCUGGUGAARAAAGGCGCUAUGGAUCCCAUACAGGAGGCGUAUGAAUGUUGUGGCGUUUCGAGUAGUUUGGAUUAUGUGAAUCUCAAUGUGAAAAUACCGCUUACUUGUUAUCGUUCUCAGAGCGGCUUGCGUAGCAUUUAUCCAUAUGGCGAAGGCUGUAUGGUGGCRCUAAAGCGUGCUUAUAUGAACAUUUAUCGCUAUGAGCGUUUGGGUCAUUCGCUGCUUAUUGGCUUUGAGGGCAUAGGCAUAUUGAUAUCUCUACUGCUUAUCUGCAAGUUGCUGACAAAGUCACGUAGAUAUAAUUACUAGCAUGCUAUUUUUAUUACCUAAAUAGUUGCGUAAGAUAAAAUAACCCAAAUAAAU